AUGGCAUACCCAAGACCAACAUCAAUGCUUCCGAGUGCGCCUGGCGGAUCUUCUCUUCGCCAACCUGGCUCCCAAUCGACCUCCCAACAAUCUUCGGCGCUGUCGGCCCGCAUUGCAGCCAAGAAGGCGGAGCUAGAGAAUUUACGCCAGCUGCGCGAUCUGAGUGGAACACUAGCGAUGCAGAUGCAAGCUUUGGAGGCCAAGGUUUCUACGCUGAAGGAUGGCACCGAAGCUGUUGCCUACGUCUUAUCUAACUGGGAUAAUGUUUUACGAGCUAUCACCCUGGCCUCCAAAAAAACGAGUGGACUCCACGAAGCCGAGCCGGAGAAUAAGAAUGUGGACAUGCAAACCGAAGCUCGCUUGCCGGCAACACUGGUUCGCAUUCCAGCUGAGCCACGUGAGAAAACUGGCGAGUGA